AUGUUGGAGAAGGAGGCUGGGUGGCUAAACCCCUUGUUUAAAAUUGGUCACGAACAGAAAUUAACACAAGAUGACAUGUACCUGGUGCUUCUGGAAGAUCGCUCCCAGCGCCUUGGAGAAGAGCUGCAAGGGUACUGGGAUCAGGAAGUUUUGAGAGCCAAGACAUACAAACGGGAGCCUUCUUUAAUGACAGCAAUCGUAAAGUGUUACUAGAAAUCCUGUCUAGUUUUGGGAAUAUUGACGUUUCUUGAGGAAGUCACCAAAGUAGUUCAACCCAUCUUUUUGGGGAAAAUGGUUAGUUAUGUUGAAAACUAUGAUCCUGCCAAUUCUGCUGCUUUGCAGGAAGCCUACGCCUACGCGGCAGGGCUGAGCGCCUGCGUGCUCGUGUGGGCUGUUCUGCACCACGUGUACUUCUGCCACAUUCAGCGCGUGGGGAUGAGGCUGAGAGUAGCCGUGUGCCGUAUGAUCUACCACAAGUCACUUCUCCUGAGUAGCUCAGCCAUGGGGAAGACCACCACAGGCCAGAUAGUCAACCUGCUGUCCAAUGAUGUGAACAUGUUUGUUCAGGUAACUAUGUUCUUGCACUAUCUGUGGGUGGGGCCACUACAGGCUGUCGCAGUGACUGCCCUGCUCUGGAUGGGAAUAGGAAUGUCGUGUCUCUCCGGGAUGGUGAUUCUCAUUAUUCUUCUGCUUUUGCAAAGCUGCUUUGGGAUGUUGUUUUCAUCACUCCGUAAGACUGCAGCUCUCACAGAUGACAGGAUCGGGACCAUGAAUGAAGUUAUAACUGGCAUCAAAACAGUAAAAAUGUAUGUUUGGGAACAGUCAUUUAUGGACCUUAUUACCAGAUUGAGAAGUAAGGAAACUUCCAAGAUUCUGAAAAGUUCCUACUGUAGGGUCAUGAAUUUGGCAUCAUUUUUCGCUGUCAGCAAAAUUAUGAUUUUUGUCACCUUCAUCACCAAUGAGCUCCUUGACAACCUGAUCACAGCCAGCCGAUUGUUUGUGGUGGUGACGCUGAUCGAGGCUCUGCAGUUCUCAAGCACCCUCUACUUCCCCAUGACCGUUGAGAAGGUGUCAGAGGCCGUCGUCAGCAUCCGAAGAAUCAAGAAUUUUUUAUUACUUGAUGAAAUACCACAGGUCAACACUCAGCUGCCAUCAGAUGGUGAAGUGAUGGUGGACAUGCAAGAUUUCACUGCUUUUUGGGAUGAGGACCCGGCAGUCUUCCUGUCCAAACACCUGCUCAGCGGCUUUAGCCUGACUCCUGGGUUGGCCUGCGUGGUUCCUCAAGGCGCCUGCAGCCCCUUUGCUCCUACUGCUCCUGACUUGGGUCCUUCCUUCUGCAGGGCAGCCCCCGAGAGCCCCACGGUCAGCAGGAGUACAUCCUUGCCCCGUUCUGGUAGCUUCUCCCUGCAGCCAACUUCUGGGGUGGGGUCAGGCCAGGUUGUGAGGAGAAUCAGAAGAGAAGCAGGAAGGUGUGAGCUCGUGGUCAGCACCUUCCUCUGA